GCCGCAGGUUCCAGAGCGGGUUCGAGCCGCGGCGGGCGCGCAGCGCACUGCAGCCGCAGCGCAGGGCCCCCCACCCCGGCCUCGGCCAGGCCUCAAAGGCAAGGACAAAGAGGCUGUCCCCGAGGCUCCACCCGAGCCAGCUUUACCUGCGGUUUCGGCAACCACAGGCUCCAACAUGGUGUGCGGGGGCUUCGCGUGUUCCAAGAACUGCCUGUGCGCUCUCAACCUGCUGUACACAUUGGUUAGUCUGUUGCUCAUUGGAAUCGCCGCAUGGGGAAUUGGUUUCGGGCUGAUUUCCAGCCUCCGGGUGGUCGGCGUGGUCAUCGCAGUGGGCAUUUUCCUCUUUCUGAUUGCGUUGGUAGGGUUGAUUGGAGCCGUAAAACACCAUCAGGUGUUGCUUUUUUUUUACAUGAUUAUUCUCUUACUCGUGUUUGUUGUUCAGUUUUCUGUGUCAUGUGCUUGCUUAGCCCUGAACCAGGAGCAACAGGGUCAGCUUCUUGAAGUUGGUUGGAACAAUACAGCAAGUGCUCGAAAUGACAUCCAGAGAAAUUUAAACUGCUGUGGGUUUCGAACUUUUAACCCAAAUGACACCUGUCUGGCUAGCUGUGUCAAAAGCAGCCACCCAUGUUCACCGUGUGCUCCAAUAAUAGGAAAAUAUGCUGGAGAGGUUUUGAGAUUUGUUGGUGGCAUUGGCCUUUUCUUCAGUUUCACAGAGAUCCUGGGUGUUUGGCUGACCUACAGAUACAGGAACCAGAAAGAUCCUCGGGCUAAUCCUAGUGCAUUCCUUUGAUGCAAAAACAAGGAACGUCUUUCAUAUUCUGAUCUUCUUCACUUUCUCUAACUUAAAGUUCAGCUAAUUUGCCUGUUUAAAGAAGCAGUAUCUGAAAAGUUACAUUAUUGACAGUGGAAUUAUAUAUUUUUACUCUUAGGUUUCUCUAAAUGUUUUCCUGUUUCCAUUGCUGAAAACAAUUAGAUACUUGUGGCCUCCUCUGAACCUCAGUGGUACCUGUCAUCUACCACAUCCACGGUGUCUGGCAGUGUCCGCUAUGGCCUUUCUUAGCAUUUUUACCUACAGAGAACCUUUGUAUGGCGCUGCUGUGUGGAUCGUAUUGUAAAUCUAAAUAUGCAUCUCAUGGAAAUAAUUAACUGUACAUAGCACAGUGCUGUGUAGAUAGUUCCUUCUGGAAAGAAGAGUUGAAGUUUAUUAAGGCCAGAAAGUAUGAGAUUCUAUCACGUUGAAUUCAGUAAGGGAAAUCCAAAUUCCCCAACUUGUUUUUGUCUUUUUAGGAACACUGUAUUGUGAAAAUUGUUAACAUAAAAGUGAUAAUUUAGUUGCAGUAGUCUGUUAUGAUUACGCUAAUGUAGCCUAGAAAUAGCUGUGUCUUUAGGAAAGUGUGGUUUCAUUUUUGAUUUUUAUAGGUAAGUACAAAGGAGAAACAGUCUCAUUCAUGAAUGUUCUGAUGUGUAACGUUUGCCCUCAGGUUUCGAGAUGGAAUGAGUUUGAGAAAUUUGGAAAGCAGAGCUAUGUCCUCUUCAUAUUCUUUGCUAAUAAUUUGAAGUCCAAAAGACUGCAUUUUUAAACAAGUUCCUAUUAAUGCAUUGGCCCAUGGAGCAAAAAGAUAUUUGAUUAUUUUACAAAUUGUUAAAUACCUUUUUCAUGAAUUUUCUCAGUAUCAUGACAGCAAUUCGUCAAAUCCAGGCAUAUUUGAAUGUGAGCUCCCAUAUUGAAUUUGAAAAGGUAUUGUGGUUCUGUAGAUUAUGUUAAAAAUAUUAAAGAAUGGAAACCUUU